UUGUUUGUUUUUGUUUUUGUAUUCAUUCAUUAAUUCAUUCAUUCAUCAUCAUCAUCAUCAUUGAUCAUUGAUUUAUAAUUUGAAAGAGUUUUGAGAUCUGGUCGAAUAUUUGGACGGGGCAAUCGAAUAAUAUGUUCAAGCAAAUAAAACAAAUAUAUAAUGUUUCGUGAAAUGGAAUCAUCAAUGUGAUGGAAAAAACAUUCAUACUAUUCGAAUUUGGCUGAUUAUACGCUACAUAAUUGUGAAGAAAAGAAGAAGAAGCACAUUAAAUUUGCACAUGUUUACAGACAAAAAAACUUCAACAAUUGAGAAGAAGAAGAAGAAGAAAGAGAAAAGUUUUUUCAAAAAAAAAAAAAAAAAUCUGACAAUACAAGACAAUGGAAAUACAUAGGAAAAAAAAGCAACGCGAAAGAAAAAAAAACCGAACCAAAGCAACCGAAAAUGAUCAACGCAACGACGGCUACCACAACAGCAACAACAACAACAACGACGACGACGACGACGACGACGACGACGACACCAAUAACGUCAACGAUAAUGACAAUAACGAAUUACGAGUAUUCGAAAUACGAAUGGCUAUUUAUCGAUAAUUUUUUACGAUGAUGAAAUGAUUUUUUUUUGUCUGGUGUUUACAUCGAGGAAAAAAAAUCCAAAAAAUGUGAAUGAUCUCCACUGCCACAUUUUUAAAAUUCGAUCAAUCCAUCCAUGAAUCUGUUACUUUUUUUUUAGGAUUUUAAAGAAUUUUAUGAUUUCAAAAAAAUUUUUUAUUCAACACAACAACAACAUUCUGAAAAAAAAGAUGGCCACAAAAGGUGCAUCCAAACAAACGGCGCUAGAUUUUCAACAAACUUUGAUGUAUGGUCAAUAUAAAGAAGACCUUGGAAGAUUUGCAAGAACACAUGCACAAAAAUUAAUUGAUGGAAAAUUACAAAAACGGGAACGACGAAUUCUUCCCGAAAAAUAUCAACGAAAACUAACAGCUUGCUGUACAAUAACAUGGAGAUAUACAUUUGCCAAGAUUGGUGAAGAUUGGCUAUUUUUAGCCAUGCUUGGCAUUAUAAUGGCCACUAUUAGUUUUAUAAUGGAUUUUUUCAUUAGUCAAUGCCAAAUAUCAAGGAUAUGGCUUUAUGAUGAAUUGCUCAAUCAGAAUCUUGUAUUCCGUUAUGUUGGUUGGACGGCCAUACCGGUUUUUCUUGUGUUAUUUGCUUCCGGAUUUGCACAUCUAGUUUCACCACAAGCAGUUGGAUCCGGUAUACCUGAAAUGAAAACAAUACUACGAGGUGUUAUAUUGUAUGAAUAUCUAACAUUUAGAACAUUAAUUGCAAAAAUUGUUGGUUUAACCUGUACACUUGGUAGUGGAUUACCAUUGGGUAAAGAAGGACCUUUUGUACACGUAGCUUCGAUUGUUGCCACAUUGCUUUCGAAAUUGAUUGCAUCAUUUCAGGGUAUCUAUGAUAAUGAAUCACGGACAGGUGAAAUGCUUGCUGCUGCUUGUGCUGUUGGUGUUGCGGCCACAUUUUAUGCACCAAUUGGUGGUGUAUUAUUUUCAGUGGAAGUAACGACAGUUUUCUUUGCCGUACGUAAUUAUUGGCGAGGAUUUUUUGCCGCUUGUUGUAGUGCAACCAUUUGGAGGCUAUAUGGUGUUUGGUUUAAAAAAGAAGCGGCAAUCACUGCAUUGUUUAAAACAAGUUUUCGUUCUGAUUUUCCAUUUGAUCCACAAGAAUUGUUUGUUUUUGCAUUCAUUGGUAUUAUUUGUGGUUUCGGUGGUGCUGGUUAUGUUAAAUUUCAUCGUAAAAUUGUUCAAUUUAUUCGUAGCCAAAAGAAAUUGAAUGCAUUUUUGCAGAAAAACCGAUUUAUCUAUCCCGGUAUUGUUACAUUUUUAUUGACAACCGUAUCUUUUCCACCGUUUUUUGGCCAAUACAUGGCAUCAACACUAUCAACUCAUGAUACUUUGGAAGAUCUCUUCAGUAAUAUUACAUGGGGUCUUGAAUCAAAUGAUUCAACAAGAUUAAAAAUGGUUAAACAUUGGUCAACUGAUCAUACAUCAAUUUAUAUGAAUCUUGUUAUUUAUAUUUUUAUGACCGCAUGGAUGUCAUUAUUGGCAUCAACCGUUCCGGUACCAAGUGGUACGUUUAUUCCGGUCUUUAAAAUUGGUGCCGCUUUAGGCCGAUUAGCUGGUGAAAUGAUGGCAUUAACAUUUCCGGCUGGUAUUCCAUUCGAAGGCUAUACAACACCGAUUGUGCCCGGUGGUUAUUCCGUUGUUGGUGCGGCAGCAUUUACCGGUGCAGUAACUCAUACAAUCAGUAUAUCGGUCAUCGUAUUCGAAUUGACCGGACAAAUGACACAUAUGAUUCCAGUAUUAGUAGCGGUAUUGAUAUCUAAUGCUAUCUCUCAAACAUUAGAUUUAUCUAUCUAUGAUUCAAUCAUUCAAAUCAAACGUCUACCAUUUUUACCACCCAUUCUUAGUACAUCAUCAUUGGCACAUAAUGUAUUUGUCGAAGAUUUUAUGGUUCGUGAUGUUAUAUUCAUUUGGCGUAAUUGUACUUAUCGUGAAAUUAAAAAAGUACUAGAAAGUCAUCGAGAUUUGCAUCAAUUUCCAUUGGUCGAUAAUGGUAUCAAUAUGAUUCUUUUGGGUUCAAUUCAACGUGAAGAAUUGUUGCGAUUAGCUCAACACCGACUAAGUCGUGAACGUCGUCUACAAGAAGUAAGACGUCGUUAUUCAAUUCAGGAUGCUAUAUCAAGUACAAGCACUCCAGAUCGAACGAAUUCAACAACGGCAACGACAACUGCAUCAACUUCAGUGAAUUCUUCACCAAAAGAAACAAUGAGGAAAAUGUCUCGAUUUGAAGUGAUACCUGUACAACAAUCAACUGAAAGUCUUAAAAAUCCAUCACCAAAACCGGUGACAAAGAUGCCGAAAUCCAUAUUGAAACAGACCGUUUCAUUUACAUAUUCACCAAACAAUACGAUUGGUGGCAUACAAGAUUCACGUUUACGACAAGCAUUUGAAAAUAUUUUCUUAAAAAGUCUGAAAUUGCAAGAUGCAAAUCCGGAAAAGGCAGCAAAACAGAAUUCAACACCACCAGCAACAUUACACCGCCGAGUACAAUUGCCUCGUGAAAGAGUUAUCGAUAUGUCACCAGAAGAACAACUUGCAUGGGAAGAAGAUCAAUUAAAUAUGAUGGUCGAUUUUAAUGAAUGUAUCAUUGAUCCAUCACCGUUUCAAUUGGUAGAACGUACAACCAUAUAUAAAGUCCAUUCCCUUUUCUCAAUGCUUGGUUUGAAUCAUGCUUAUGUAACUUCGAUUGGUCGAUUAGUUGGAGUCGUUGCACUGAAAGAUCUUCGUGAAGGUAUCGAAAAAAUGAAUGCCGGCCUGAUUGUUCCACGUAAUUCAACGGAUUCAAAUUAUUUUAAUAAUCUUGAAUGUGAUUCACAUUAUGAAGAUACAUUAACAUCAUUAGCUACAAAUGAUUCCGAAGUAAUAAGACAAAAUGAUUAGACUAUGUAUAAACUAAUUAGCUGAUAUCAUAUCAUAAUUGAAUUUUUUAAUUUUUUUAAAUUUUAUUUUGUAUAUCUUACAAAUGUACAAACUCACACACCCACACACACACACACACCCACACACACGUACAAUCAACGAAAUGAUUCCUUUUGACUUAUUGUCUUUCAGUAUUGAUCAAAGAAAAAUAUUAGUGAUUGAUUAAUUAAUUGAUACAAAUCAAA